AUGAGACCUAAAGCCAGUACUAGACCUAGGCCAAAAACAAUACAUAUUGAUAGUGGUUCUGUUCAGAUUGCCGAAGGAAUGUCCAGUAGAGGUAAAAAAGGAUCAUCUUCGAAUCUUACAGCAUACAGUUCCUCGACCAUGAAACGAGAUUAUUACAGAGGCUCCCAAGACAGUUUAGCUGAUAGAAGCAUUAGCAGUGGCAUGUUGUACAAAGAUUCUCCAGAUGAUAGUAGGGGUGUCUCACCAUGUCAUAGUGCUAAUCAGACUCUAGGAAGAAGAAGUUCCUAUAAGACUAGUCGAGACCCCUCUCCUGCUCAGAUACGCGGCAGACCUAAGUAUUCGGCUUAUCAAAACUUUAAAGGGCGCAAGUCUAGCUCUAUGAUGAAUUUGUACGGGUCCAGUACUGAUCAAGAUAGUCUAGCUUACCGUUAUGGUGAUACUGAUUCAGGUUUAGGCCGUGCUACGCCACCGAGGAGAGCGCCAUCUCCUGGAAUUAGUAUGAGACAUCUUCCAUCUCCUUCUGGCCCAGGAAGUUUACCGGGUUUUAUGACGAAAGGUCGAAGAAUGUUUGAUGACGGAUCUAGUGAUAUUAGCUCGACACCUAGCAGUAUGAUGGAUUAUAAUGGUCCCAGAUUGUACAAGCAACCAGCUACGAAAUCAAAUCGAAGUAUUAUGUUAAAUGCCGUAGAAUAUUGCGUAUUUCCUGGUGCAGUGAACAGAGAGGCCAAGAAGAGAGUGUUAGAAGAAAUUAAUAGAUCUGAGAGUAAACAUUUUCUAAUUUUGUUUCCGAGACGCAGGUUGUCAAUUUAGAGCUCUCUAUUCAUUUUGUCCUGAGAGGGAGGAAAUUACUAAGUUAUAUGGAACGGGGCCAAAACAGGUUAACGAUAAAAUGUUCGACAAAUUUUUCAAGUAUAACUCAGGCGGUAAAUGUUUCUCGCAAGUUCACACCAAACACCUGACCGUAACAAUAGAUGCUUUUACAAUCCACAAUUCUUUGUGGCAAGGCAAAAAAGUAAACCUUCCAAAUAAAAAAGACAUGGCUUUAGUUAUUUAA